AUGAGCUCUGUGCUCCCUAACAAGCCACCCUCUGAGCCCGUUAUGGCUCUUCUCAUUCAGCGUGGACGCUACGGAUUAUGGGAUGAGAGCUGGGAGGGCCCGGGAGGUGGAUAUGAGCUUGGUAAAGAUGCUACUAUGAAGUACACUGCUUUACGUGAGACGAAAGAGGAAACUGGCGUGGUUGUUCCACCGGAAGCCAUUUUUCCGCUUGUAUACAGAGGAACAUUCGAGCACAAGGGCCUGCGGAUGGUUUAUUACACAUCAGUUACGCAGCUUGGUGCCAAGGUUCCCGUUACUGUUACAUGA